AUGUACCAUCCCAUCCUGAAUCGAGUCGUGACCUCUUCAUUUUCCUUCUCAUUGCAACAACCUUCUCCAUUCUUCUUCAUCCAUGCACUCAGACGACUUCCCAUGGAGCCGCCGGCUAAGAGGCCCAGGCUAAGCCUUACGCAAGGCCAGGGCGAUGAGGACGACGAUGAGCUGCUUUACGAGCCCGAAGAAGUCUCCCGGCUACGAGACCCCGGUUGCCAAUUGGAGGAAUCAAGAGCUUUUGCUGCGUACAAACUCAAAUCGACCUUUGAGCACAUCUUUGCAAAGUAUGAAAGGGACUUCACGGGCAUCGGCGACGAAAUUGACCUCCGGACGGGCAAGGUCGUGGUUGAUAAUGGUCACAUCCAGAACAUGCAAAAUGAGAGGGACGUGGGGCGAAUUGAGGAUGAAGAGGGGGGGGAGGAAGAGGAUGAAGGGAUCCUUCUGGGAGAUUACGUCGGAUCUGAGACGGAAACGGAUGGAGACGACGACGACGACGACGACGACAAAGACGACGAAGCGGACGAGGAAGGCGAGGAGCAUCGCAUCUUACAAGGACGAAAACCAGACGCCCAUGCUCAUGCUCAUGCUCAUGCUCAUGCUCAUGCUCAUGCCGACUCCCGUCCUCGACCCCAAUCGCGAUCCCUCCAGAAAAUUGGCCCAGUCCUCCACGCAGCUACCCGAGGUGCAGUCAUGACACCGAUCCAACGACCAUUCCAAGGACGCCCAUCUACCAGCUUCUUACCCCACACAGCCCUCUCCCUGCCGGCGUCGUCAUCUUAUGGUUCUUGGGGAUGGGACCAACAAGAAGAGACGGUCGACCCUGCAUGGAGAGCCCCUCCGUUGCCGCCACCAGGGUUGAAUCACACCUUCACUUCCAGAUUCUUUAACGCGAGGUACGAUUUUCCGGCGGUAGAUGGCUCCCAAUCAGUGUGGUCUUCCCGACGCCUCGACAGAGAGGCACCCCGGGUUCCGUCUCCCAUCCGGCGGAUCACUCCAUCCAACUUUCGCCAGAGUGGACCUUUGCAAGUCAGAAAGCCCCAGUUUCGAAAACUACUGGCUGCCCCUCCGGCGAAUGACGACGACGAGGAUGAGCUUCUCGGCCUGGGAGCGAACGGAGCGAACGGAACGAACGGAACGAAUAAAGAAUCAGGUCGCAGGCCUGCGCCCGGUUCAGCGCCGUCGAGAAACAUUCAGGACCAACCGGCAAGAAAGAAAGACAAAAGGCCCGUCGACAAAUCCAAAGCCACCGAUCGCUCUUCCAGCGGUGCACUGCAUACGGACAAGGCAAUCCACUCCAUUGAGCAAACAAGUAAUCGCCAAUCCACACGAGACGACCCGAAGUCCGGGAAGAAGGGGUCAAAAGGAAACAAAGACCCCUCACGGGCAAAAACCAGAACCAAACCCAAACCCAAAACUAAACCCGCGAAAACCAAGCGACCACCCGCAGCAGACCUUCGGAAACCAGCAAAGAGUGGCAAGUCAGGACCGACUCGGUCAAGUGUGUCUGGCGAAGAGUGGCCUGGUCAAACCCAGACCCAAAUGCGGAGGAUAGAGAUUGUCCUUCCCUCACGGCUGCUGACACCAGGCGGGUAUACCGAUCUCAGCGACUUUCCGGAGCAGCCGGUGCCGAGCCCUCCGGUGCACGAUUUGCCAGCUCUUCCUUCACCCCCACCCGCGGAAUCAGAGGGUGCCUCGGCAGAGCCGGCCGUCCCGGCUUUGGGCGAGCCUUGCUCUGAUGCGACAAGAGAAGAGCCAUCAGUGGCCCAGCCCUUGAAGGAGACCUUGACCUUCACGAGACACGAAGUUGACAAGUCGUAUGAAUUCUCGGGGGACGAAGAUGGCAUUCCCAUGUCUCGUCUUGGAAGAACGCGACCAGAGGCCCCGGACACUCGAAUAUCAGUCAAGACGGCAGAAGCGCCUUUCCGAUUGACACGCAGCCAAAAGAGAAAGUAUGAAGAACUGAUCAAGGUCUCCUGCAACGACGACGACAAUAACGACGACAAUAACGACGACGACAUUGAGAUACCCGAAGAUUCGGCCAUGGCGCCAACUCAUCAGAUGCCAGCACAGGAACCAGCAGCCGAACGGGCAGAGACCACUCCUGAGCCGCCGUCAUGGGCCGAAUCUGAAAGACAUAGUGCUUCUGCUUCCCCGACCGUCCCGGCUCUUCGCCUCUUUUCGCUUCCGGUGCGAACGACGCGCUCUGCGGCGAGACAAAGCCAGGAAGAAGAGGAAGAGAGCCCGAAGGAAAGGAGCGAUAGUCCUGCAUCGGAAAAAGAGGCUUCUCACAUUUCCGAGGCGGUUGACACCGAGACAAGCUCUCGCGGCAGCCCUACCCUACCUACAGAACGCGAAUGCGGUGGCAAGGCAGUUCAGGAUGUCGAAGUUUCAAUCGAGUGUUCCGAAAACGACCAAGAGAUGUUCGAAGACGGGGACGAGGACAAGGAGCAAAGCUCCGGUACUCGUACGCCUACACAUGCCGAGACGAAUGUCGAAACGCGUGUGCCGACAGAACAACAAUGUACUCCCGAGCAAACGCCAGAAUCCCGCCAUGAGCCUCAAUCAUCCCCCGUCGCUUCAUCUGAGGGCCAGAUCACCGAAACUGCCGUGGACUCGUCAACAACCCUCCCACAGGGCAGUGAACACGUUAGUGAGUGCGAAUCUUCCGAUGGAGAGUCGUCCGAACCCGCAACAGAAGAAACCACGCCAGCGCGGGGAUCCUGUCCUGUCCAAGAAGAGUCCGCGGAAAUAGCGAGCCCAAUUCCCGCCACCGGGCCACCUGAGAGACCCCGGACCCCUACGGCAGUCGAGCAGGGCAGACCACCCGAGGCCGAUAACCUUUCGACCCCGCAAGCACAACCACGCUCCACACUUUUCUCGAAGCCAAGUUCGACUACGAUCCGCCGCGGCCUCCUCUCCCUCCAGAUACGCCCUGACGACGACGACGACGACGAUGACGACCUAGACGACCUAGACGAAACCUGCCCCAUCUCCCUCUCCUCCCCGAUCAAGAAACCCAGCACCAGAAGGGAGUCCCCCGGCGACGUGGGAGCCACACCCGACAGCCUCCCUUCUUCCGCUCGACGUCGUCGCCCGACCAUCAAACCCAAGCGCGUCGUCGGCUCCCUCACGCCCCGGACCCCUCGGUCCCUACACGCCACGUUUGGCCGCCGCACCCCGCAACGCGGACACAGCGGAACCGCCCAAGCCACGGGGAGCGCGCGGUUACGCAUCGCACGGGAGGGUUUCGGCGGCCUCAGCACCCCGACCAAGCCCAGGACCACGGACAGCCUGGGCAGUCCUACGGGUUCGAUCGUCCAGACGCCCGGUGGGCACAUGAGACGGUGCGGCGUGGGCGGGUUUACCUGCGAGAGAGACUUUUGCUUCACUUGCUUGCGGGGUUAAGCGGGAAACAUGAAAACGGCGAUUGAAGAGCGGCAUCGGCAUCGUGGCCGAAGCAAAAAGACCUGUAGGCCGUGCCGUUUCCGCGACUUCUUUUUGCGUGUCUGUCACCCUCCAUAUCUAUCCGAUUCUCCAUCUUAUUUUUCUAUGUAUAUUCUCUACCCCGGACCUACAGCGGCUCUCGCAAAGCCAACAAGCUCCUCACGGCGUCGUUUUGUUUCUUCGCAUAGCUGCCUUAUGCACUUGCCAACAAUAAAUAUUGCAAAACGUCUUCAUUACGGCGUGGCAUUAAAAGUCCGCUACUCCAAAGAAAAGCAUAUCAAGGCGGAAUGGAAAGGAAAAGAAAGGACGUGUAGCCAGCCCAUUGGAUUUCACAUGGUCGAGGACACAGCAACCGUAAACCAAAUCCACCAGUCCCCCCGUUUCCCUAUGCUCCGUAUUGGCCCUUG